CAAAUAAGACUAAGCUCCAGGUGCCCGAUCAUUCGCAGAAGAUCCAUUAAGCUGUCAAGAUGUACAAAUUGUUGUCAUUGUUUCUCCUGGUGGCUUUGCCAAUCGUUUGGAUCCAGGCAGACUGUAAUGUGUGCCAAUCGAAUGGAGCGUCCUGCAUCAACCAGACCGCAUAUAAUUUGUGCUUCGGUGGCACUCAGCCCAACACCAAUCAGACCUUCAUCUGCACCGAUGGCCUGGUGUGCACGGAUCAGCCCGUGAUCUGCUUUCAGCGGAGUGAGACUCCAGCCAGCUGUGGCGAUACGGACAGCUGUGGCCAGUGCGCUCCAAAUUAUACCUUCGCCUGCACCUCCCGCUCCACAUUCGCGUUCUGCUUUGGAGCCAUCACGCCCACAAAUGUCACGGGAAGCUGCCCAGAUGGUUACUUCUGCGACGCCUCCUCCCAGGAAAUUUGCGUGACCAAGGCCACCGAUGAUUCCAUCAUUUGCCACUUAAAUUAACAGCGGAUUUUUAAUAUUAACAUUUCUAAAGUAACCCCAUUAAAAAUACAAAGCUGUUGGUUACACA